GCAAUGAGUUUUUGUAUGGAGGUCAACGAGAGAGUCGACUUUAGUCAACAACAAAAAAUGAAUGGCUUACUUCCUAGGUGAGGUUAAUUUGAUCGAAUAGAAGUUUCGUAAUGCUUAAGUUGUUAGGAGUGUACUGAUAUAAGUAGGACACGUGACAUUCCGGCAACUUUGAGAAAAAAUACGUCUUGGAGUUGUCUGGAGAUUGCUAUGGAUAUUCAUGACAUGAGGCUAGUAGCAAAGCAUCUCUCUCUCCAUUGAAUACAGGCGGUUGACGUCAUCAACCCUCAUCGAAUAUUCAAAAAGGAUUACAAUAAUGAGAUGUGUCCACCAAUCCAAAAAAAGGAUACGUGGGAGCUAGACAGCCCGGCGUGCCAUGGACAACGACUCCAUUGUUAGGGCGGAGAGCUAUAUAUCUUGUCAGUCUAUCCAUAGUCUUUGAUAGCACUAACCCAGAAACAAGGGCGCUUGUUCAAACACGUGUAAACUGGGCGUGCAGCUUCGUAGAUAUGAGAUACUCUGAACUAAUCUUACAUUGAGCGCGACUCAAUGUAAGAUUGAGCAAGCGCGCCAAAUCUUCGAGUUCUGACACAUUUGAACAGACCAACACAGUCAGAACUGCGCGGCAAAAGCAAGGCACAAACAAAAACAUGUGGGUGCAGCUUUGAACAAACGGCCCCUAUGACAUCACUACAGCUGAGAGUGGAGAAGACACACCAGCCUAGUGAGUGACAGCUAGCUGUGGCAGCGGAGAGGGGUCAACAUGGGGCUACACUCAGCCCAGAAGAAGCACUUUCCCCUGAAGGGGAUUGGUGGUGUGGUUGCGCUGUUCGAAGCGGAGCUCCAUAAACCCGAACCAGACCUAGCCCUUCUCUCAUUGGUCCUGGGCUUUGUAGAACACUUCCUGGCUGUCAACCGAGUCAUACCAAUAAACGUCCCGGGGGUGCGCUUUGAGCCGCUGGAGCCAGACUGCCCAAACUCCUGCUUUCCAACAGUGGAGUUAGGGAUGCUAUCGGCCCUGCAUGAGCGCUUCGCAGCCCAGAUCCGGGGCGCGGUGGAUCUGUCCCAGUACCGCAGGCCUGCCGGCGAGUCCAGCAGGGAACUUGUGAAGAAAGUGUCUGACGUCAUCUGGAACAGCCUGAGCCGCUCCUACUUUAAGGACCGCGCCCACAUCCAGUCCCUCUUCAGUCUCAUCACUGGCACAAAGCUGGACAGCUCGGGGGUGGCGUUUGCGGUGGUGGCGGCAUGCCAGGUGCUGGGGCUGCGGGACGUGCACCUGGCCCUGUCCGAGGACCACGCCUGGGUCAUCUUUGGUAAGAACGGAGAGGAGACUGCAGAGGUCACCUGGCACGGAAAGGGCAACGAGGACCGGAGGGGGCAGACAGUUGCUGCCGGUGUCGGUGAGAGGGUAAGUAAGAGCUGGCUGUACCUAAAGGGCUCCUAUAUGAAGUGUAACAGGAACAUGGAGGUGGCCUUCAUGGUGUGUGCCAUCAACCCCUCUCUGGACCUGCACACUGACAGCUCCGAGAUUCUACAACUUCAGCAGAGGCUUCUAUGGCUGCUGUAUGAGCGAGGAGACCUGGAAAGAUACCCCAUGGCCAUGGGCACCCUGGCAGACCUGGAGGACCAGGAGCCCAUCCCUGGCAAAGAGAGCCCCCACGCCAUUCACCUUAAAGCUGUGAACUCUGCUAAGAAGUACUACAACAACGAGCACAUCUACCCCUUCAUGUACCUGGCUGGCUACCACUACAGACACAGGGAGGUCCGGGAGGCCUUGGGGGCCUGGGCCGAGGCUGCACAGGUCAUGCAGGACUACAACUACUUCCGCGAGGACGAAGAGAUCUACAAGGAGUUUUUUGACAUUGCCAACGACGUCAUCCCCACCCUGCUGAAGGAGACAGCUGCAGCUGCUGAGAGCGGAGGAGAGGGGAGCGAGGGAGGAGAGAAGGACCUGCCCAUUCAGGCCGCUGCCCUCCAGGACCCAGAAUGCUUUGCCCACCUGUUGCGUUUCUAUGACGGCAUCUGUAAGUGGGAGGAGGGCAGCCCCACCCCUGUCCUUCACGUGGGCUGGGCCACCUACCUGGUCCAGUCCCUCAGUCGCUUUGACGCACAGAUCCGUCAGAAAGUGUCCAUCAUCACCAAAGAGCCGGAGCUCCAGGACGACGAUGACCAAUCCAGCGAGGACCCUCGCGAAGGCCGGAGACGUGGCCCGAGGCGUGAGUCCAGACUGGAAGACCAGGCUUCCCCUCCUACACAAUCCACCCCCACCACCCCUGUCCCACCACCAACCCAACCCACCCAGGCUAAGAAAGUAGGUGGCGAGGGCGGGACGCGGCGUCGCUCUUCAGGGCUCCGCGGUGGAGACCCCGAAUGCAAGGCCAAGUCCUCCAGCCCAGUGCCCUCUCCUCCCCAGCAGCUGCCCUCCCCCAGUGGGGGUCCACUGGUGGCCUUCCAGAGCAAGAAGAUGAAGGGCAUGAAGGAGCUGCUGUCUGCAGCCAAGGUCAACUCCAGCGCCAUCAAGCUCCAGCUCACCGCCCAGUCACAGGUGCAGAUGAAGAGGCAGAAGAGCACGCCGUCGGGAGACUACACCAUGUCCUUUAUGAAGCGCCAGCGUAAAUCUCUGUAGAAGGAGGACUCUGUAGAACUUUCUCUAGCAUGGUUCCCAAGUCUGGUUGUGUUGUAUAGCCAAAUCCUAUGGUCAUUAUCAUAAGAGUUGACUAUACAGCACAAACAGAUCUGGGACCAGGCUAGACUUUCUCUUCAUUGGGAGAAAAAACGAUGAGAGACUGUCUGUAGGACAUUUCCGUUGUACUGUGACUGAGAGGCAAGGCAACACAAAGAAGACUGCAGCAUCAACUUGCUUGCAUCUCCUUCACAUUCUGCGAUUUACUUUCUUUUUUCAUCCAAAGGUUAUUUUAGUAAUCAUAUCACAAGUCCCCAUAAGUAGGGCUGGGACAAUACUCGUUAGUAUAGUGUCAAGGAAACAAUACAAAGCAGAUUUAACUUCUUUAGGAAAACAGCCCUAAUGUUGGAAACAUAAAUCAUCAAGUUGUUGUCAUCCAGAGUCACAUAUUUAUUUAUUUUCCAAGCUAUAGCACACAAUAUUGUUUGUACAGCAGGUUUUUAAAGGACUAAAGACUUUGGUCUGGUUCAUGUUUUCAUUUUUGGCAUGGAAAAAAUAUUGUGAUACUGGUAUCAUCCCGGCCCUACCAAUAAGGUCAUACAAGGGUCGGUAAGCACAUGACACGUACGUGUGUGUUUUAAGAGUGGAGGUAGUCACCAUAAUCAAGGUUGAACAUAUGUUGGUCAAGUCGCACCUUUUAAUCUUGUGAUUCAAUAAUGAUUGUGUAUCGUGGGCCAUUAAAUUUUUUAAAUUGCUGUCACUUUGUGAGGAUCAACAGGGCAGUAGCGCACAUCAACUGUUGAGUUCUCAAUUACUUAUGUGUGGAGGUUAUUUUAAAGCCAAAGUAAAAAGCCAAAGUAAUGGGCGUUUAGAUGGUGAAAACACCCUGUCCCUAAACAUGUUAUGGGAUGGGGGAAUUGCUCUGUUAAAGCAGUCAGAAUUCCGUUCUAUAUUUUCUAGUCUUGACUUAAUCUGAAUCUUUUUUGACUGAAAUCCGUGGAAGUGAUUCGGACUAUUACCGUGUAACAAUGUCCAACCCUGCUAUGUUGUCUCUUCUAUGCUAGCUAUUCGUUGCCUUAUACGUCGCUUUUUUUUUUUCUAAUUUAGGUGGCCUUUAGUUUUGAGACUAGCCAGAGCUGCAAUAGGCAACCUCAUGAUUAGAAAGUGACCAGAAAGACCAUGCACUGUUUAAAGGGGAUUGCUGUAGGUGUCCCAGCUACAUACAGUAGUAUUUUGCUUGAUAACUUGUUUUUUAUCUGCAGAUAAUAAAAUAAUUUAAAAUAUGA